GGGAGUAUAUAGAGGAACACAGGGGUCUGUACAAGGACGUGAUGAUGGAGAAUCACCGGCCCAUCACAUCACUGGAUGGGCCCAGUAACAGAGAUACCCCAGAGAGAUGUCCCCGUCCUCUGUAUUCCCAGGAUUGUACAGAGGAGAAUCACAGGAUCCCACAAGAGGAUCAGAUAGAACGUCUGUCUGAUAUUAAGGCAGAAGAUAUAGAGGAAGAAGAAGAGACGUAUGUGACUGAUAUAAAGGCAGAAGAUACAGAGGGAGAAGAAGAGACGUAUGUGACUGAUAUAAAGGCAGAAGAUAUAGAGGAAGAAGAAGAGACGUAUGUGACUGAUAUAAAGACAGAAGAUAUAGAGGGAGAAGAAGAGACUUAUGUGACUGAUAUAAAGGCAGAAGAUAUAGAGGGAGAAGAAGAGACGUAUGUGACUGAUAUGAAGGGAGAAGAAGAGACGUAUGUAUGGGGUGAUCAGCAGUGUAAGGAGGAGGAGAUCCCUACAGAUAUCAGCACAGAUGGACACACAAGCAGGAAUAUCUCAGAAGGACAUCUAAUGUUAUCCCCGGAUUGUGACAUAAAAGAUAAUGACAGUAGACAGGAUUCUCCAGGAGCUAAUCCCAUUACCCCAAUUAUACAUCCAGCUCUAUCAGCUGAUCCCUCUGAUCCUGGGAAAUGUUCUCCUGAUCACUCUGAUAUUGGUGCAUCUGUUACAGCUCUGACAGUAGAUACAGUGUUUCCCUGUUCCAUAGAUGCCAAAUGUUUUACACAGAACACAAAGCCUAUUAACCCACACACAGGUAAGGCAGGUGAGAGGCCACUGAUAUGUUAUGAGUGUGGGAAAUGUUUUACAUACAAAUCACAACUUGUUAUACAUAACAGAAGUCACACAGGUGAGAAGCCUUUUCCAUGUUCUGAGUGUGGGAAAUGUUUUGUAUGGAAAUCAGAUCUUGUUAUGCAUCAGAGAAGUCACACAGGUGAGAAGCCAUUUUCUUGCUCUGAGUGUGGGAAAUGUUUUACACAGAAAUCACAACUUGUUACCCAUCAGCGAAGUCACACAGGUGAGAAGCCAUUUCCAUGUUCUGAGUGUGGGAAAUGUUUUGUAAGUAAAUCACAACUUGUUACACAUCUGCGCAGUCACACAGGUGAGAAGCCUUUUCCAUGUUCUGAGUGUGGGAAAUGUUUUACAUGUAUAUCAGAUCUUGUUAUACAUCGCAGAAGUCACACAGGUGAGAAGCCAUUUUCUUGCUCUGAGUGUGGGAAAUAUUUUACACGGAAAUCACAACUUGUUACCCAUCAGCAAAGUCACACAGGUGAGAAGGCAUUUCCAUGUUCUGAGUGUGGGAAAUGUUUUGCACUCAAAUCACGUCUUGUUACACAUCAGAGAAGUCACACAGGUGAGAAGCCAUUUUCUUGCUCUGAGUGUAGGAAAUGUUUUGCACACAAAUCAGUUCUUGUUAUACAUCAGAGAAGUCACACAGGUGAGAAGCCAUUUUCUUGCUCUGAGUGUGGGAAAUGUUUUACACAGAAAUCAAGUCUUGUUAAUCAUCACGGAAGUCACACAGGUGAGAAACGAAUUUCUUGCUCUGAGUGUGGGAAAUGUUUUACAUACAAAUCACAACUUGUUUCCCAUCAGCUAAGUCACACAGGUGAGAAGGCAUUUCCAUGUUCUGAGUGUGGGAAAUGUUUUGCACACAAAUCAGUUCUUGUUAGACAUCAGAGAAGUCACACAGGUGAGAAGCCAUUUUCUUGCUCUGAGUGUGGGAAAUGUUUUACAUACAAAUCACAACUUGUUUCCCAUCAGCUAAGUCACACAGGUGAGAAGGCAUUUCCAUGAUCUGAGUGUGGGAAACGUUUUGCACACAAAUCAGUUCUUGUUAGACAUCAGCGAAGUCAGACAGGUGAGAAGCCAUUUCUAUACUCUGAGAAAUAAAUAAUCAGAAUCAGCUUUAUUGGCCAGGUGCACUCGCGUACACUAGGAGUUAUUUGUGGUACAAUGCAUCGCCAAGCAGCAACAUGAAAGGGGAAUACAUGGCAUAAGAAGGGGGAAAAACAUAGCAUACAUUACACACAUUACACAUAUGAGUUCAUACUGCACAUUGCAACUGUACAAUAGACUCAACAUAUUAUACAUGUAAGACUAAAGACGAAGGCUGCUUGGCAGAGCGGCACUGAGGCAGCCAUCCGCAGCGCCAACUAGAACUCAAACAAUGCAUAUAAUACAGAAGAUUUAAGUAUUACACAUCAAAAGAUAAACCAGACAGACAAAAAAAAAAAAAGACACAAAGAAUAAUGCAGGAUUGGUGUAGGCAUUUUGAGUAAUAACUUCCAUGGGCUGUGUAUUCCACCCUCACAGGGUACCAGGUGCGGCAGCCAUCUUCGGCGCACUGCGUAGGAGUACCCUGGGUGGAGUAGUCCAUCCUUGAGGGGUAGGCCUGUAAGGUACUACUGAUGUUCUCUGCCAGAGGGUUAGUGGGCAUAGUCCUGGUGAUUUCAUUUUCGAGGUUUGAUGAGUCCACAUAAUGGUCUGGAUUUCUUUCUUGAUGUUGUUGCUUAGAGAUAGGAAUGCUUUGAGUAUUUUAACGCACAGCUGUGCAUGGCUGAAGCUAUAAAUAUAUACACACAAUAGACAUCACUCAAAUUGUACACAAUAGACAUCACUCAGGUGAGGAACCAUUUUAAUCUUCUGGAAUAUACUCAUCAUUGCCAUGCUUGUUCUUCAAGGUUCUUAUCCUAUCUCCUAUGCUUUUUGCAAUAUACAUGUUACCACUGGGUGAAAUAAUCAGAUGUCAUACCAUCGUCUACCACUGCUAUGCAGAUGACCUGUCUUUGCUCUAGGUACUGAGAGCCCAGUACCAAUCCUAAAUGGUUGUCUAGUUGAGCUCCAGGUGUGGGUUAUGCCAGUUAGCUGUGAUUCAGUCCUGGUGAAACAGGUCUUUAAGCUCACCAACAAAGAGCAGGGCUGCAGCUCAGCUUUACCUACCAACCAGGCUUACACUUGGGGGUUCAGAGUUACAAAAUGCUGAUCAUGUGCGGAAUCUUGGAGUCCUGGAUGGUGGAGUGACACUUAGACAUAAGGUAUCUGCCACAAUCAGAUCCUCAUCUGAGGAACAUAGCCAGACUCCAGCACUUUAUUCCCUCAGAAGAUCUACCUACAGUCAUACAUGCACUUGUAUCAUCACACAUAGACUACUGCAAUGUCCUCUACCUGGGUCUCCCAGCAAAAGAAUUGCAGUGCUUGUAGCUUGUACAGAAUGCAGUAGCCAGGCUGUUACCUAACCAGCCCGUUCCUGCCACAUAACACCCAUUCUCUUCUCCCUUCACCGGCUGCCUGUAAGAUGGUGACUCUAUUACAUAAUCUUACUGACUCUCCCAAUCCUACAUGACCAGGAUCCAUGGUACCAGAAGCAGCUUCUGCCUCCUUACUUCCAUAUGAAGAUGAAGGACUGUUACCAUCAGUACCAAGAAUUCUCAAGCAGUGCUGAGAGGUCAGGGGGAAGAUAGGGUGGUGGCACUAGUGCUGUAGUAGGGGCUGCCAGAGGCAGUUUCUGUGAGAAUCUUGUCCUCAAACAGCGCUAGGGUGUCAGAGGGGAGACA